ACACUCAUCUCCUGUCUCUCAUUCUCUCAAUAUACUUUGAGAUCAUCAGAAUCUACCGGAUUUUCUGAUUUCCCUUCCUCCGGAAUCGACACUGAAUCUGGGCCUUCUCUAUUUUCCUUUUCUACUCUGUUCACUCUACCUUUGAUUCUUCCCAUAUAACGCCCUCCGUGAUAUUUUCCUUUCUGAGUUCAGCCUCUCUAUUAGAGAGUCCAUUCUCCAAGAGGUAUCUAUCUCUGUGCGACUUUUUAUGUCUUUCUGGCAGAUUUUUGGAACACUCUGCUUUGGCCUUUGUUUAUCUCCAAGUUCUUGAGUCUUCUUCCUCACAGUUUUGCUUUGUUUUGCUUUCCUCACUCUCCUCUUUAUUCUUUCUUUCUAGCCCCCCUUUUGGUUUCUCCUCCUCCUUUUACCUUCGAUGCAAACAUAGAGCUCAUUCAAACAACCAAACCCCAAAAGAAAAGAACCAUGGAAUUGGAGUCCAGUAGUUUCCUUUGCCCCAUCAAAUACACCCAACACAGAAACACCACCAAGAAAUUAACCAAACCGUCCCGGAAAGUAGAGCCCGGCACUUCCAUCGCCCCUAAGAUUGUGCGCAUAUCGAUGACCGAUCACGACGCCACUGACUCAUCCAGCGAUGAAGAAGAGGGUGAGUUCUACUUUGGUCGCCGGAGAGUGAAGAAGUAUAUCAACGAAAUCAGCAUAGAAACCGACUUGAGAACUAGUCCGGUGAUCACCAACAAUGGCCGGAAAAGGCCUGCCUUAGAGACACGGCCGGCUACUAGGCGGCCCGCUCAGAAGACCACUCCUUGUCAACCGGCCAAUGGCGGCAACCGGAAGUUCAGAGGCGUAAGACAACGACCUUGGGGUAAAUGGGCCGCCGAGAUUAGAGAUCCGGGGAAACGUGUAAGACUGUGGUUGGGAACCUUUGACACGGCUGAGGAAGCGGCUAUGGUGUACGAUAAUGCCGCCAUUAAGCUCCGAGGUCCUGAUGCUCAAACAAAUUUCUCCUCACCGCCGCAAAUAGUUGUAACCGCUGCUGACUCGGUUGAUGCGAAGAACAUAGUCAAUGAAGUCGAGAUUGAGCCGGAAACGACGACACCAAACGUGACUGUGUCGGUUUCUGGUUAUGAUUCCGGUGAGGAAACUCAUCAUCUCUCCUCCCCCACCUCCGUCCUACAGUUCAGAACUCAUUCCAUGGACGAUGCGGAGCAAAUGGAGAAGCCAUCACUACAACCAGAACCAGCAACCGAGAAAGCAAAUCAUGUUCAAGAGUGUCAAGUCCAACAACAGCUUCCAACGGUGUUGCCGUACAUGGAGGAGGAACAAGAAGACGGGUUCAGGUUCCCAACACCGGAGUCCCCCAUUUUCGAGUCACCGCUCUUCUACGAGUCACCGUUCUUCGACGACACGGCGGUUCCCGGACCACUCAUGUUCGAUGACUUCAGCGACUUGUUCCGGAUGGACACGUUCGGCCCGUCGUCCUUUUCUGCUCAGACGACGUCGUCCAUGAUGUGUCAAGCAGAUGACUGUUUUCAAGACAUUUUUGGCUCAGACCCUCUAGUGGUCCUCUGAGACUGUAAGAGAGAGCGUGGCAGUUGACACUAGGCAGUGACCAACAGACACUCUUUCUGUUCUUUCUUGGCCGCCGGUGAUUUUUUCCCGGCAAGAUUUUGUUUCCCCGGCCGGCAAAACCCGGCUGUUCUUUUUGUUAUUGCAAUAUUAGUUAAUUAAGUUUCUCUCCGUAAAAAUUAAUGGAGAAUUGAGUGCC